AUGUAUUCAGCAAAUACGAACCACCGAGCUCCCGCCUCACAAUACUCCCUAGGAAGCUUCGAUUUCGAGCCGGUGUCGCCGGUGACUGAGGAGUCAACCUUCCAAGACGACACCCCACGGCUAGUCAACGUGCCACUCACACUGUCGGAAGAUCCCCUCUUAUCACCCGAGUCACCAGCACACAACACUGUCGGCAAUGCCUCGCUCGACCCUCUUCCCCAGAUCGCAUCACAGAGUCCCAUUCUCCCAGAGCACAAGAUCGAUAGGCUGAGGAAGCGGGACUGGCUUCUAGAAAUCGCCGCCUUGUUCAUUAGUACCGCGUCCAUGAUCAGCCUCUUCGGCCUCCUGCUUCAGUACGACGGCCGUCCGCUGGAGUCCUGGACGGCUCAUUUUUCGCUCAACACUAUUGUGUCCAUCUUGUCUAUAGCCAUGAAGACGCCGCUGGCCUUCGUCAUCGGGUCGUGCCUCGGACAGGGGAAGUGGGCGUGGUUUCGGAAGCGGCAGGGUCCCAUCGCCGGCUUCGCUGCGUUCGACGAAGCGAGUCGGGGCCCGUUUGGCUCGCUCUUGCUGCUCUGGCGAUUCAAGUCAAGCCUCUCGACAGCUGCGAGGGCAUCCCGCCUCGACAUAGGGGAUUGGUCCUUCGAAAACGCAGCAAAGGUGUUUUACAAAAACCAGGAGUUCUUCAAGAGCUAUUACCUGUUAUCCGACAUCCAGACAUCAGCAACUUCGCUCAUGGGUUUUGUGGGCUCAGCAGUCACAAAGGCUCUCGAGACACCGCCUGUGAGCUGCCGGACGGCGAACUGCACGUGGGCCCCGUACGCCUCGCUCGGGGUGUGCAGCACCUGCACAGACAUCUCAAACCGGAUCAGGACGGAAGCCAACGUUGGCAUGCCCGACGAAAAUCAAUUCUCACCCUGCAAGCUUACCAGUUACACUUUCGUCAUGAACUAUACCAACUUCGUCGUGCCCUACGGCCCUGAUGGACGGCUCGUUCUUCAGAGGAUAAACGGGCUGUUCAACCAGAGUAUCUGCACCGGCCUAGACCCCAAGGUAGCCGUGGCCGUUACUUUCGCACCGCAUGGGACGUUCAGCUUCAAGGAUUCUGAGAGACUGUUGGCGUCUUUCGUUGUCCUCCAGGCGGAGGAUUCUUACUGGAAAAACGAGAUACCUUGGGAAGAAUCUCGCGUCACGGCAACAGAGUGUUCCCUACAGUUCUGCGCUCGCCUGUACGAUUCUCAAGUGCACAGCCUAGUCAUCCGCGAGGUUGCCGGUCCGGACGUCUCUGUUCGGCGCGCCUCCUCAUUCAGGCCCUUCGGCAUUGGGAACCAGACUCUUCUCGACAUGUAUGAAGUGGAAAACGGCCUGUCACUGAGCGAUGGCCACGCAAGACCUGUCGACGAGAAAGACAUCGUCGGGCGCAUGGGCCAUAUCGUUCCCCGACACGACCUCCAACUCGAGAUCCCCGACGCCCCCGGCUUGGCGGAAGCCGAUCGCCUGUUCAACGUGACGCAAAAGAGCAUAGUGACGUGGCAAGACUAUUUCGCGCAGGGCAACACGAUCGCCCAGAUCACAUACGCCCUGGCCAACUCGACCAACAUCACAAAGUCCUUUGAGAACGCCGCGCAGCUCAUGACCAACAGCAUGCGCGAGCGCGACGGCGGCACGGUCCUGGGGCGGGAGUCGCGGUGGGUGGUCUACAUCCGCAUCCGGUGGGGGUUCCUCGUGUUCCCCGUGAUAUCGGCGCUGGCCGGGCUCUGCUUCGCCGUGGGCGCCGUCGUCGAGUCCCGCAGGCUCGAGCUGCCGACCCUGAAGACCGACGCGGUCGCGAUGCUGCUCCACGGCCUCGACAGCGACACGACGGCUCUGCUGAGGGACGCGCACAGAGAUCACACAGCGGAUGGUCUGGACAUCCUGGUGAAGUUGGAGGAUGGGAAGGAAGGGCUGAAGCUUAGGUCCGGUGACUAG